UAUAGCUAGGCACGCAACCAGAUCUUGAUGAAGUCACACGUUCCUAAUGUUAAUCAAGCAUAUGCAAUGCUGCUUCAGGAUGAAAGUCAAAAAAUGGUUGCAGGAGGGCAUUGUGCAUUGACUGAAAAUAUGGAGCCUACUGCCCUGUUUACUGUUAAACAUUCUGGUCAGAGGCAGGGGAAGAAGAAUUAUAAUCUAGAGUGUGAUUAUUGUCACACACGAGGUCAUUCCAGGGAAAAUUGUUUCAAGUUAAUGAAAUGUGACUUUUGCAACAUGAAAGGUCAUUUGAAGGAAAAUUGCUAUAAAAUUAUAGGGUAUCCUCCCGAUUUUAAGCCAAAAACAAGAGGUGUUUUUCUGAGUGGAAACUUGACACAAUCAGAUGGAAAUGCUGCUUCUGCUCUUUAUCCACUCACACCUAUGACAUCGCCAGUAUUUACUCAUGAGCAGUAUUCACAAAUCCUCAAUUUGUUGAACAAAACUUCUAUUGGUGAACCUAGUGCACACAUGGCAGUAGAAAACUCAGGACAUGUUCAAAUGCCUACCGGAGAUUCCACUCAGAUUACUCAUGUAGGAAAUUGCCACUUGACAGGAGGUGAUCUCAUUAAAGACGUAUUGUGUGUACCAACAUUUAAAUUCAACCUGUUGUCAGUUUCAAAGCUGACUAAGGCUUUGCAGUUCUUUGUUAGUUUCUAUCCUGAUUUCUUUAUCUUAUAGGACUUCUUCACUGGGAGGGUGAAGGGGAUUGGUAAGAAAGAAGAAGAACUUUACAUCUUGAGACCAAAGGAAAAUGCUGGAGUCAAGGAGCAGAUGAAAUCUUUGGUAGAAAGAGAGAUAACAGAUUCAGAGUUAUGGCACAAGAGGAUGGGCCAUGUACCUAUGGCAGUUCUAAGAAGAAUUUUUAUUUUGAAAAAUAAAUGUAGUCUUACAUUGGACCACUGUGGCAUAUGUCCAUUAGCUAGACAAGUUAGACUUCCAUUUCCUCAUAGUAAUAGACUAAUAGUAGAGUUGUCGCACCUUUUGAAUUGAUUCAUAUGGAUGUUUGGGGGCCUUACAAAGUCUCCACCUACAAUGGAAUGAACUAUUUUCUUACUCUUGUGGAUGAUUUCUCUAGA